AUUAUCAUUAGCCUCCAACACCACCACAUCAUCUUCCAGUAAUUCUUCCUUAAAAUCACUUAAAACAAAACCCUCAAGCCAAACACCCACAACUUCCAUAAUAAAACAACCACAACUGCAACAACAACAGCAUCACAAACUUCAUCAUAACUCGAACACGACGACAACAACAACUACAACAACAACCACCUCUAGUGUAACACAUAAAUCUUCUAACACCUCUACAAACACUAAAGAAAAAUUCAAAUCAAAACAAUUACUUAAAGCCACCUCUAAAGUGAAAAAGAAAACCAAACAAUUGACAUUUGACAAUACACCCUUGUGUUUGUUGCAACCUCAUACUACCACCCCGCCUCCGGUCUCUACAACUGCCUAUCCCAAAUCCGCCUUUAAUCUACGCAAAUAUUCAUUACCCACAAAUCUACCACAGCCUUUACAAAACUCACCUCUAGCCGUCAAUACCCAGCGUAAAACCAGCACAGCGGCUUUAAAAACCGAUUCAACUUUACACACUUUACCCUAUCCGCCCUCGUAUGUCUUAAGUCAAAGUUCAAAAGUGAAAAAAACCAAAACCACCAAACGUCUAACGAAAUUCUUAAGGGCGGCCUCCUCCUCAAAUUCACCACACUCGAAAGGCAGACGCAAAUCGUCGGCCGCCUCAAUUGUAGAAACUGCAUUAGCUGCCGCUGGUGUUACCGUUAAUCUAACCAACGCCUCGGCCUCUUCGGCAUCGGCUACCGAGCUAUUGUUCGACCCUCAAUUGUGGCGCUAA